AUGGCGGUCUCGUACCUGCUCGUGUGUGUGGCCGGUCUGGCUGGGAACAUUCUGGUCGUCAUUGCUCUACUGAAACUCGACAAACUCUCCUCGUCCACCACAGUGUAUAUCUGUAACUUAGCUGUAGCUGACGGGCUCUUCAUGGUCGGACUCCCCUUUAUCGCGAGCCAAAACUUUCAGAACAUGUGGAUUUUCGGGGACGUCGCCUGCAAAGUUGUGAUGGUUCUGGACGGACUCAACCAGUUUACCAGCGUCUUCUGCCUCACCGUGAUGAGCCUGGACCGCUACAUGGCGCUGUCCGACCCUUUGAGGUUUGCGCGUUGGAGGACACCGCGUUUUGCCAUGGCGGUUUCGGCGAUUCUGUGGCUGUUCUCGCUGCUGACCAUCCUCCCCAUGGCGCUGCACUUCUCGGCAGAGCAGGGGCUGUGCGUGCCGGGCCUUGCCUCAGACUCUUGGUUUCUCAGUGUGAUCUCCUACACUUUCGCUCUUGGAUUCGCCUUACCGUUUAUGGUCAUGACUGCUUCUUACACCGCGGUGAUCUGCACACUCAGAAGUCUCCGGAACAGGGACCUCCAGAGCCAGGGCUGCGAGCGGCAGGUGACCAAGAUGGUGGUGGCGGUGGUGGUCGUGUUCGGCGUCUGCUGGUUACCGUUCUAUACGUUUAACUUCUGCUCGCUGUUUCAAGAAGGACUGGUGCAGGACUUUGCCAGAGCGUUCGAGGUGGUGGUUCUGUUGUCGUACUCCUGGAGCUGUGCCAACCCCAUCCUCUACGCCUGCCUCUCCGAUACCUUCAGACGCCACUUUCGGCUUCUCCUGUGUCCGGCUCAGAAGUCAUCUCCCACAAUGCACUGCGACACGGAACACUGUGACAUCAACGACACUUGCUUACUGGACGUCACUAUGAUGGCAUAG